AUGGUCGGCAGGAGCGGGCCGAGGAUCGCGCGCAUCAUGACGGAGCCGGAGCAGGAGUAUGCAGAUCACGAUCCCCCUACCAGGGGAACCGGACCCGCCGCGUCAGUGCAUGAGUCAGCCGCACCGGAGCGCGAUGGGACGUUAUACGAUGAGAGUGGAACGGCGCUGUUUGACAGGUUCAGUCCGUCGCCGUUGCCUGGACAAAGCCCAGUGGUUGGACACGCUGGUGGAUCUUCGAGGUCCACGUGGUUUGGUCGCCUAGGCGACUACAUACAGAGACGAGUCGAAGUGACGGCUUGGUCUUCACCCCCCAAUGCGGGAGGCAACCCCGGCACGGCUUGGCCACGACCGGAAGGAGCAGCGGCGCUAGUGGCGCAGCCAGCGCGGCAUGCGGACUCAGCCUCAAGUGGAUCAGCUGGGUUUUCAGCAGAAAUGGUGCAAGCAGAAGUGGCGAGACAGCUGGAGAAUGCAGUGGGUGACAUCAUGGAUCGCCUUCAGGCAGAGCGACAGAGGACGAUGGAGGCCACGAGCGAGGCUCAGCGGCUACGCCAGCAACUGGAGUGGCAUGAAGCCCAGAUGGAGCAGCGGCGUGUGGUUCUGGAGUUCAACCGGGAGUUUCCACAGAUCAACCUCUACCUGGUUCGGGAGUUCAACCCGGAGUUUCCGCAGAUCAACCUCUACCUGGCGUUCUUCCAUGGUCCGAUCACGCAGGACCUUUCGCACACGAGCGCGGCACGGUGGACCACGAUCAUGAAGGACGUCUCCACUUGGUACCACCAGUACAGCUCCGCUGCGCCUCUAGCUCGCCUACAACUUCGACCUCAGGCGUCACCGGAGCUGACGAGGCCAGAAUGGGCAAGGGUUGAGAGACGGGCUACGGCGAUGAUGCUGAGCGCUGUGCCUCGGGGUGUCAGAGAUGAAGUGAUAGCGCAUGGCCAAGUGACAUCCUUGGUGUUACUUUGCAAGCUUUACGCCAUGUACCAGCCGGGGAACUUACAGGAGAAAGCCUUGGUCCUGAAGAUGUUGGAGCAGAGAAGGGCCAUGUCGAUUGGCAUAGCGGAGCCGGAUGCCUCGGUCCUCUUGAAAGGGCUUGAUCGUAUUACAGGGCCCAUCGUAAGGGCCAAUCAUGAGCUGUCCUUCCGGGUGAGCUUGAUCCGGAGCACGCUGCAGGUGGAUGUGAGCCCCAGCUCGGGGAGCGUCACGACGUUCUUGCAGCAUCUUCAAGCGGAGAUGGAGCAGCAGGCCCGCCUGGGGGCAGCCAGGCCCAAUGAGGCCUCUACUUCGAUGAGGGCUUUGACGGCGGGUGUGGACUCAGGGACGCCUUUGACCCCGUCUACUGCGGCCCCAGGAGGAGGAGCUUUCUCACCAAAGGGCUCUUCGAAGGGUUCCACCGUUGGGGCCAGCGACACCGGUGCCACGACCAGUGCGGCCGCAACUUCUGAAUCGCCCACCCGACGAGUGAAUUUUGAGCCGGGCGAUGUCCAGGUGAAAGUCAUGAAGGUGAUCGAGGAGGUGCGGCACAUGAAGAUGUUCCAACCUUUGGUUGCGGCCCUGGACUGCUGGAAGGACAAUGGUUUCUUUGGUUUGGCAAAGCCCCGCGGUGCGCUGCUUGACUCGGGCUCCACUCAUGUACUACGCCAACCUAAGGACCAGCUGGAAUGGGAUCGUGCCAAACAGGUGAAUGUCCAGUUGGCAGGAGACGCUGUGGCGGCUAUGAAGCAGACCGUGAGUGGGAGUCUGUUGAGUGCUGAGGAGUUGGCUCAGGUGAUUGUGCCCCUGGGCAAGGUGAUCUCCACCCUCGGUUACAAGCUCGAUUGGACAGCGGACCACUGCAUCCUGCAUGGCGAGGACAAUGAGCAGCUGGUCUUGGAUGUGACAAACGGCUGCCCUGAGGUUAGCCAUGCUGUAGCCCAGCAGUUGAUUCAGCGUUUGGAAAGGCACCAGCUCCCGGAACUGGAGAGUAACACUCAGUUAUCGGUGAAGGCCCUUAGGAAGUUGAUGAAGACGGGGAAUGUUCUUGAAGCCCGAGCUGCUGUGGAAAAGGAUAUGUCUGAUCAGACAAAGGCCAGAGCGAGGCUGCUCUACGGUGUGCUUAAUGGAUUGCUCUAUGAUCGAGGCCGCCGCCUCCUCAGAUCCGUUGUCGGUCAAAACGGAUAUGAGUCCUGGAGAUUGCUUUCCCGAGACCUUAUGCCUCAGUCUCGUAACAGAGUUCUUGCUUUGCUGCGUACAAUUUCAGCAUGGCCCGCAUUCGAUGCCAAGCAGGGCCUAUCUCAGCAGCUGGUUCGACUGGAGACUGCUUUCGAGGAGUAUGAACGAUUGGUUCCUGGAGGCAUACAAAUGUAG